CGCUUUUCGUCUGUCGAGUCCGCGAAGUUCAGCACGGUGCAGUCCGAAAGUUCGAUCAAACGCGCUCUGAAAAGUAUUUUUUCCGUUCGUUGCUGUUUUCGCGUGAUACUGCGAGCAAAAAUAGCAUUCCUUUUUCUCUCACUGCGUAGCAGCUAGGCCGCGUUGACCGUGAGUGUUUGAGAAAGAAUUCAUCUUUUCCUGAUUGCGGAGCAGAAGUUUUCCGGAACUAUCGAAAGGAAGCUAUAAAUAGCAAGCGUUCACAAUGCCAAAAAUUAAGCUGCAAUCGUCGGAUGGGGAGGUGUUCGAUACGGACGUUCAGAUUGCCAAAUGUUCCGGAACGAUCAAAACAAUGCUGGAGGAUUUGGGCAUGGACGAGGGGGAGGACGAAGUGGUCCCCCUGCCCAAUGUCAACUCGGCCAUCCUGCGAAAAGUGCUGCAGUGGGCCACCUAUCACAAGGACGACCCGGCACCGGCCGAGGAUGACGAAAACAAGGAGAAGCGCACCGAUGACAUCAGCUCCUGGGAUGCGGACUUCCUCAAGGUCGACCAGGGAACGUUGUUCGAGUUGAUUUUGGCCGCGAACUACCUGGACAUCAAGGGGCUGCUCGAUGUGACGUGUAAGACGGUCGCCAACAUGAUCAAGGGCAAGACUCCGGAGGAGAUCCGGAAAACGUUCAACAUCAAGAACGACUUCACGCCGGCCGAAGAGGAACAGGUUCGCAAGGAGAACGAGUGGUGCGAGGAGAAGUAAGAGUGAGGACCCUGGAGUUGGGAGUUAAAACGUAAGCUAUUUUUUAUUUUUCUCUUGAAUAUCUUUGUCUGGAAGAAGAAACAAGCAACAGAAGGCUAGAAUUUCGAACCUAUUUUAUUUGUUGAAUUACAGAAACGAGUUGAACACGCAAUGAAGUUUUCUCAUAAUUAUUGAUACACAGAAAUUCACGCCUACCUACACUUAUACUGCACGUCGAGUGCAUUACUGUACUCGAAGCGAUAUAAUCUACCUAAAUAAAGCAUAGUUAUUAACGAUCAAUUAA